UGAAGAGGAUAUCAACUUUGCUGGGACCAAGAAAAGUGAUUCAAAAAGGUACAAGUUGUCUUACAAGCUUGCUGAGCAAAAUCGAUUUUCUGGUCCUUUCUAUAUCAAGUUAGUUUCUUCCAAAUAUUGAAUUAACCUCAAUGUAAAGUGUCAGCCGGACACUGAAAAGUUUCACAUGCUGUUGGAAAAUUUAGAAUCAUAUAUUAAUUCUAUUCAAAUUACAGGUUAAAAUGACGUUAGAACUUCUGUGAAAAAAUGAGGUUCGACUCUGUUCCUAUAUUAAUGAUAUUCAAGGUCAGGGAUAUGGAAAGAAAGCAGGUCACUCAAUGUUCUUUCUUGAGAAUAUUUUUGUUCCACCAAUCAAAUUCUGCCCUCCCACUAAAGGAGGUGAUAUGGUAUCAGAGCAUGCUCAUACUGUUUUGUUGAGUAAGAUUCUGCAGUCUAACAUAAGAUUAGGGGAUGCCCAUCUAAACAAGAAGGAUCCCUCGAUGGUUUUAGCCAGGUGGGUGGAACUUCAGCAAUCUGUAAAUGUGCUCUUUACCAAUAACACUUCUGGAAAAACAGAAUAUGUUUAUGCUCGUGUGAAGCUUUCAAGAUAUUCUUUAGAGGUUCUGUCUGAAGAUUUGCCUGCUACUAUUUCUAAAAUAUCAUUUCCAAAGACGAUGAAAUGGAAUUCCCAGGUAUGUGGGAUUUGAGGCAGAUGAAGAACCAGAAAUCUCCCAAAUACGAUCUUCCGUUGAACAAGAUAUUUAAAGAACAAGAUUUUUUUCUCUUCUAUCAGAAGGUUAAUAAUUUUUAUUAGAAGAUACUUAUGUAGGAUACAAUAUUUUGGUUUUUUAUAGUUUAUUAGUAGUAAAUUCUAAGUGGUCUAAUGUAUAUUUUGAUAUGGGUAUGUUUAAUUUAGUGUGAGAUGUAUGAAUACUCAUUUAUGAUCAUCCCAAUAUUUUUAGUUCAUUAUAAAUAUAUUUUGU